AUGGCGGCCGAGAAGCACCCGCUCGAUGACGUGGCAAAGGGCAAGGUUGAGCUGCCAAAGGCAGGCGCCGGGCUGGUGAUCGUCGUCACUAGCGUCUACAACGGCCGCCCUCCGGAGAACGCGAUCAAGUUCGACGAAUGGCUCGAGACACCGGCCGCUGAGGCUGCGCUCGCCGGUGUGCGAUAUGGCGUCUUUGGGUGCGGCAACAAGCAGUGGGCGGCGACUUUCAUGAAGUUCCCCGCGCGCGCGCUCGGCGGGCUGCCACUGGUGCCGAUGGGAGAGGGGGACAUGGAUGGCGGCGAGGUGGAGUUCAAUUACACGCGCUGGCAGGUCUCGGCGGUGGUGUCGCUGCUGCAGGCGUACGGCGCGCCGAUCCCAGACGCGAUCAAGGAUUCCAUGUAUCCGCAGCUGCCAGAGUAUGAUAUGAUGCUAUACCUCGGCAAGAAGGCGGAGGAGAUCCCGCGGGAAGUUGUGCUGCAAAACGUGAAGACUGCGGAGAAGCGCGCGCGCUCCAAGUUCCUCGCCGACAGCAAAGCUUUUUUCGCCGAGGUCGCCGUCAAUCGCGAGCUGGUGGCGAGCCGCGAGUCGGCGAGCGCCGCCGGCCGAUCGACCCGCCAUGUCGAGGUCGACCUGCCCGAAGGCAUCACCUACACCGCUGGAGACCACCUCGGCAUCGUCGUUUUUGCGCACCUCGAUCGGCUCGGGCUCCCGCGGGACGGCGUUGUGAGGCUUGAGCACGCGGCGGGCCAGGAUCAGUCACACUUGCCUCUCGGCCGCCCCCUCCCCAUCUUCAACGUCCUCGCAUUCUACUUCGAGCUGCAGCAGCCGGCAACGCGCUCGCAACUCCACGCGCUCGUCAAGCACGCCUCCAAGGAGUCGGAGGCGGCGCACCUGUCAAAGCUCGCCGAGUUUGGCGCGGACAACACCGGCGAGGUGUCCGAGGACCGGGCAACCCUCUAUGAGCAGCGCACGCUGCUCGAGGUGUUGCAAGAGCACCCGUCGGUGAGCGUGCCCGCGGGGACCUUCAUCGGCAUGCUCCCGCCGAUGAAGCCGCGCUACUACUCCAUCUCCUCGUCGCCCAAGCACUUGCCGGGCAAGUGCAGUAUCUCCGUCUCCGUCGUGCAAGGUCGCAGCCCGACGGGCAGGCAGCACUUGGGCGUCUGCUCCAACUAUCUCAAGGCUCAGACCCUCAAGAAGCCCUACCCGACCUCUGUCUACCCCUCAAACAACCUUGGCCCCGAGGGCUACGGCAUGCCGACUGUGGCCUUCGUCAAGGACACGGGCUCUUCCUUCCGGCUGCCCGCCGGCGAUGCUCCCAUCAUCAUGGUCGGACCAGGCACCGGCGUCGCGCCAAUGCGCGGCUUCAUCCAGGACCGCGUUGCCGACGGCAAGACGGAGAACGUGCUAUUUUUCGGCUGCCGCGACGAGUCCGACUUCAUCUAUAAGGAGGAGCUGCAGGCGUGGGAGGCGGCGGGCUCGCUCAAGCUCUUCGUUGCCUUCUCGCGCAAGCCGGGCACGCCAAAGACGUAUGUGCAGCACCUCGUCGCGCAGGAAAAGGCGCUGAUGACGGAGCUAAUCAAGAAGGGCGCGCAUGUCUAUGUGUGCGGCGACGCCUCGAAGAUGGCGCCCGACGUGCGCGCGACCCUCUCGCGCGUGCUAGUGGACGCCGGCCUCGACGAUGGCUUCGAGGGCGGUCCGGUCGAGAAGCUGCGCGCCGCAGGCCGGUAUUGCGAGGACGUCUGGGCCGCUCAGUCAGUGUAG